AUGGCCUCGUCAACGUGUGCCGGUAAGUUGGCACGUUGGUAUGAGACGGAAGAACAAGGCAUCCCAGUGAGUGCUGAAUCAGACGAAUGCGUCAGUGAAAUAGGCUUACUGUCAUCCAGACACAAAAAUUGUAAUAUAAUGAAUGCAAUGGCGAAAGUGGCACAAUUCGUCGUUGUAUAUACAGUAGCAUGUUGAGUGUAAGAAAGUUACUCACUAAUUAUGGUUUUGUCAGUAAUGGGCGGAAGAAUGUCUCGGACAACAGUGAGGCGUUCAGAUAGCAACACAUUUGGAGGUCUGAUCUGCACAGUUCGAUUGACGUUUGAACUGGACUUGUAUGGCCGAGAUUUGCUCGCAACAUCCAUCUCGAAAUACGACUGGAUGUCGGCAACUGUGUUUUCCUAUCUAUGUGCUCAAUGUGUGACACAGGAAAAACAUCAGGGCGAAGUCGGGUGGGAAUUCUGUGACGAUUGGAUUUGGCCACGUCUGGAGAUUGCGCGUCGAUCCCGUCGGGUGUGUCACCAAUUUGUAGUGACCAAGCGGUGUAUGUGUGUAUGUCUGUACUCAGAGCGCUACAAUCGUUAGGCCAAAUCCUAGUGUUGAAUGCCAUGUUGGAAGAAAAAGAAGAAAAAAAAGAAAAAGGCAACAGAAUGAGGGUUUCAUGUAUACAGAACCCUCAUUCUGGCUGCCCACUGCAAGUUCCCUCUAAUUUUGUGGGGCUUUAAUGGGCUGUGGAUGGGGUUGCAGAUGGGCAUGUAAAUCAUCAGCCUACUCUAGUUCAAUCACCGAAAAAAAAAUUGCCCGGGGGACGCCCUCUGGUCGUCGGUUUUGGCAACCCUUAACAAUACUGAUUAUCGAAUGCACAGCGCAUUCCCGUGAGACGUUACUAUACCACCCUUAAGUGUUAAACAUCGAAAACCCCAAACAUCGUACUGCAGGUGACUCCGCUUUUUAACGAUAAUAGUUUUGAAGCGUCCUGAGCAUCACUCACUAUUUCUCAAGCUCUAAUAGACACAUAUUAAGAAUGAAACUUUUUUACUAUGCGCAAAUAAUUUUAAAAUAUCAACGAAUAUGUGCAAUUCAGUAACGCAUUUAAUCAAAGGAGAUUUAAGUUGUCGUAAAAGGAUCCUUCGAAGGCUAAUGCUGCAUAUUUUCGCUUCACUUUAAAGUUCCACCUGUGAAUUGAUAAGUUAGUUCCUUUAUAAUCGCUGCCAAAAAUUAUGCUACUUAUGCAUUCAUUUUUACUCACAACUGCUGCAUUGACUGAGUGCUAAUAGCCAUACAAAUAAACUAUUCGCAUAAACCAAUAACCGUUGCUCGAAGUCAUGAACGUGAUUUAUGUUACUGAAAUGGUCACAUUGUACAGUCAUGCAUACCUCAAUUGAUGAAGUGAACGACGUACUAUAUGAAGGGUGGUGCAAACGUCCAAAAUGGUAUAAAGUUUACUAAUGAUUGCACGAUCGUGUAACUAUUUCGUAAUGUGAUAUUUCUGAAUGCUUUUGGUCGUGGCGAAUGUUUCGGGCCGGUUUUCAGUUCAGUCCGUUCAUGUAAUUUUACCUCUUGUUUUCACUGUUUCUUUCUUUUGUCCCAUUUACUAGCCUAGGUAACAAAGAUGAGGUUAAGAAAUUUCGUUGUUGCUGACUGCUUUUCUCAAACGACCAAAUUAUGCUUCAUAGCUCAGAACUCCAACUCUAUCGUCGGUUACCGUAUAUAUAACGCUCCUCGUAGGCUAAUAACGACAACAAAAACGCGCUCAUGUGUCACCAGAUUUCCAGAUAAUUCCCGGUGUUUAACUGGUUUGCAUUUGCCCAAAAUUUUAGUUCAGUCCAGUUUAUUUGACGGAAAGUAGGUUAAGCCUUGGAAAUACCUAUUUGUUGGAUGAGAUCCCGAAAUAACUCGACUUGUGCUGUGAACCUGCAGGCAAUUCCGCAAAACUAAGCUCAGGUUUGUUAAUUUAUUCGUGAGCGGUCGCAUUUUUUCCCGUUUAUAAGACGUUGUUUUCAGAAUAUUGGCAACAAUAUCAAAAAAGUAGGCUAUGGGUCGCAAGACUGGCCAGAGUUUCUAUGAUGACCGCUACGUAGUUUUCAGACUGUCCUUUGUGAAACAAUCGUAGUAAUAAGUUAUCAAAUCUAUUAACGGAUUAAGCGUAAGAUCACGUCUUAUAUCUAGAUUAUGCUACCUUAGAUUCACCUGAAAUCUGAUUUGAGCCGCAUCUUUGUUUGUCCACAUCGAUCAACACUUUUAUCUUGGUUUUUGUGUUUAGUACACCCCAAGGAACUGCGCAUUUCUAUUCCUUCUUGCCCUCACUUUUGCACACUUCCAGAGUCGAUCGCUGUCUCUUACAGAAUCAACAGGUUAGCCCUCUGCUUAUUUUGGUCAUUUGUUUGUUUCCUGCCCUCUCCUGACUUUUCCGACACGGCAUUUCGCUGAAAUGUCACUUGCUGAAAUUAGAAAAAUACCACAUUCUAUGCAUAAUCUGACGCUACACAGAGAUUCAUUUUAAAGAUAUCUCCCUCUUGCCUUCUUUUGUCAUUUUUUCGGUGUUGUGCAUCGUGUAUUCGAAGCACCACUUUGACUUGGUUCACUUAUACGUGAAUUAACGCUAGAUAUCUAGAUAGCAUAUGCUAUCGCAGCUCGAGUUUGUAUUUGGCACUUUUUGACAUUUGUAUCUUCUGCAUUCAGUGAAAUACACCUAUCGUACUAUGAGCGCCAGUGAAACCUCGUCCUACGUCAAAGAGUCAACCUCAAUCAAACGGAUGUCUUCCCCCUUAAAGCGGACUUGCAACAAUAUGACGGACACUGCUAAAGGCGAUUCUAACCAUCCGUCCUCUGUUGCUGUCUCGUCAGAUGCGCCACCUCCGAAGAAAGUAGCGCCACCGAUUGCUCCAUCCAACUUUACUGUUUCCGCCACGAAACCUCCCUCAAGAAAGGGCAAAAUUUGUAUUACUUUGCCCACGCAGGUUUGUGCAUAAUUUUGCACAGUAGGCUUUAUUGCUGCCCUUCCAAAGAAGCCCGCGUUAGAGCCAGAGAUAAAGGUUGUCCCCGUAAGCAGUGUUGUAAAAAAGGUCUUCGAUGCCGACGAAGAGGUAAGCCAUGUCGCUUGCCGCCCAUUACUCUUGUAGAGUGAAGAAGAAGAAAUGCCCCUCGAAGCUCGUAUCAAGAUGCGGAACAAGGGCCGGUUAGUUCAGUACUUAUUACAGUUUUGCAUCUCGGAUGACCUAAUUUGAAAUAAGGAAGCCUCCCUCUGGGUUCCUCUUUACGUACACCUAGUGUAUCACGGCGGUCGUUUUACAAGUUUUCAGUCAGGCAUACGUGAAAGCGUGCGACUUACUGCGGAGCAGACGCAUCAAUAUCUUGUUGCUCUUUGUUUUUAUCCAGACCGGUGUGCAAGCAGAACCAAGCACAGGCGUGCCCAGCAGAAAUCUGUUAUUAUGGCAUAAGGGGCAGCACAUAUAUGCACUGGUUGUUUCUCUUAUGCAUACGCACGUAUCCGUCAUGCAGAUGUGUAAACUACUUAUAAUCUUCUAUACUUGCUGGUUUUGCCAGACGAAUUUCACCUUUGGUAUUGAUGCUGGAGCUUGUUUGUUUUGUCAACUGACUAUCCCCUUCCGUGUAAUCGGUAGUCAGGUGCCCAGAGACAGCUUAAUCGCUUAUGGGUAUAUGAAAACUCACGACCAAAACCCACCUCAUAAGAUUCCAUACUCCUUCUACAUCUGGCAUUUCUUAUGAGCUGAAAGCCCUCUUGUGGCGUCUGACUACUUUGAGGUUGGCACACGCACACUGAUAAGUAAACACCUUAGGUCGUUUCCCAGUCCGUGGGAAUACUGAAUAGAAUUGGUUAGCGCCAUGCCGAACACAUGCAGAGGUUAUAAGAGAGGGUAAAAACGUAGGAAAAGUACACUAAUGGCAGUAAUCGUUUAAAUGCGUAAUAAGGGUGCAAUAUAAAACAAGGAAGAGUGCUACAUGUACCAUUUUCCCAUCUAGAGUGGGGGUGUGCUGUCGUCUGUUAGACCAUCGGUGUGAAGUGCGCGCUGGGGGAAACUGCAAGGACAGAACGUAGAAAUGCUGACUUUGAGUGAGGGAAAACAAAACGAUCGACGACGAUGACGAUAGCUGCGGAGGUGAGGUCAGCGAUUGAGGAUGGGAGGGGCACCGGAAUCUUCAUUGACACUUCAUAACACCGCCGCCAUCUUGGGUCCGCGCCUAAUUGAGGUCUUUGGCCUCAAACUAUACAUUCAACCUCGUGCUGCGUUGCAAUCUUCCCUAUGGCGAAGGUUUAUAGAUAGACACAACUUGCAGUGCUAAGGAGCAUGCAUUAAUACUGAAGGAUAUAACAGCCUGAUCUAUAAUGGUGGAUGCUAUCACCUUGUUAGCUGGCAAAAGCGCUAAGUCGAUGCAGGACCAAUAGUGGUUAGUACGAAACUGUGUGAAAACCUUUACUAGCUAACACAAAUAGCCCUUGCGAGAUGUAAGCAUGCAGGUUUUGAGGGUUUUUUCACCGCCCUCCACAUGUGAAAUUUCCCCGUUAACCAAUAGUAUUAAAGUCCUAAAUGGUUGUGCACGAUGAUAGUGUCGCGGACUUGUACGUCGUCGUUAGCUUGCGCGUCUUUGCUGAAGUUGGCAAGUUCGAGUGCGACUGAAAUACGGGCUACGGAAAUCUUGCGCGCAUCUACCUCCGGAUACUACUGUUGUGCCUCCUUCCCCUAUAAAAUCUGGAAGUUUGCAAUGAAAACAUGGAAAUCUGCCUCUUUGUAUCUUAUCCUCCGUGUGUCUUCUACACCGUCCGUUAAAUCUGCCUUCAAAUUGGCCAGAUGAGGUUGUUUUGCUGAACAUGCACAACAGUCCGAUCGGCACGCGAUGAUGUCCACCAUGUGCCCCGCGGAAUGGGCUCAGCGCUGGUAGCUUGCGCGUCAAUUAGCUUAUAGUAGGGCGUACUUGCACUGCAUCUGUCGCACUCUACCGCCCGCCUGGCCUUGGAGGCAAAAUAUUGUCAGGACGACUGAUGGUGGGCUCGGGCCUUUUAUCAUUCUCAAACGAUUUUCUGCAUUUCAUUUAGUUGUUGAAGACUUCCUUCCGCCCGAACGUAGACCGCAACAAAUGAUUUCAGUAACAGCAUCGCGAAGGUGCAUAAGUGCAGUUAUCGAUGACGUUGUUUCCGAGUGUGCACUAUGGACUGACGUGAUUGCCUAGCUUCGUUGCAACACUAUGCCGAUCAGGGUUGUCACUGUGGUAAAAUUUGAACUACUUUUCUACACUUCGCAAUUUACUUUUGCGCCAAAUAUUAUCUGGAAAGCGCCAUCUUCACGUUUAGGGACAUGACUUUCAUACUCACUUAGCUUGCCUUCGAACGUGGCCGAAACGUCACACUGCAUUCUUUCAAAGGGGCUUGCUGGCAUCGCAAUACCUUAAGUCCAGCGGGUAUCCAUAAUGCAGUAACCACAGCCUGCUAUGCCAUUGACAUAUACCAGCGCGCCCAAAAGAAAUCAUUCGGUGACGGAGUAUAGCAACCCGGAUGAACGCCCAGGUGCCGUCGUAGGAGCCACUCUCCUCGUCGCUCGCAUUGGUGUUACUGCGUUAUAUUACGCUGGAAUCGAUCAUCCUAACUUCGGCGGAAUGCCAUGACCGACUGCAGGGAGUCGGAUCCUAGGUAAGGUCCUCGAAACAUGCAAGGGCGUAUUGUCGAUAACAGUGACCAGAAUUGGCCGGAAGACCAUAUAUCUCACCGUCUGUUAUCGUUGAACAACACUUGUAGACUUCUUCCGAAGGCAGCUCCCGCUAGGUUCUGUACAAUGUCGCUUCUGCUGCAAUAAUCUGCGAAGAAACGGGCUGCCGUCAUAUUACGGUGCUGGUUAGUCUUCAAGCUGGACAAACUGCAAGUCAUGUCUGCCAGUGGCACCAUCACUGCAUUGUGAUUGUCUCUGCUCUUCGACGUUGACUGAUUUCACGACCAUAUCAUCCAUGGAAUUCGGCAUGGAUUCUACAUUUUCAUUAGCUGAAGCGCAUUGGAGAUCUCGGACGGCUUUAUCCCAGAACUCGCUGUGAUAAUGCCGGGUUGAGUGCGUGGUCGUCGCGGGAACAAGCAAGCAACUCUUGCAAUAUCGGACAAUUAGAUCGUUGCACCAGAGAUUAAACCCAUCUAACGAUACCUGUUGUGACUUGGCACUUCCUAAGAGGUACUCUGGGAGUACGCUUCAAUUUAAAUCUGCCAUUUUCCAUCGAAAUGUGCUUAGAGGUGGUUGUCUUCUGCCAGUGUGGCAAGGGGUUGGAGGAAGUCAAGAUCCCUGCAACCGCCAGAGCCAUUCUAACUGCCAAUGUCGCCACCACGAAUUGUGUGGAUGUGUUAAAUUUAGCUAGCCCAACGCACUUGGGUGCGUUUAUAUUCUACCAGCCGUCCAUUGUGACCAACAUUAAGGUGGCGGUUGGCUAGGUGUUUCCUAAUCUGUCCGAGCAAGCGUUUCUUCAGAUCUUCCGCCAUCUGCAAAACGGUCUUGCAGUACUUAUGACCAAUACGUCAUCUCGCAGAUCUACUCCAUGUUUCUGUCAGAGUUCUCGUUCAGUUUUCUUGCGGUCCUGCCCGCAGUUUCUCACUUUCUUGCCUCCUAACUGAACGCUGCUGGUCAGCUACUUGAAUCGCCCUCUCCUCUUUCAGAGACACCCCCACCUCCAGCGGCCCUAACUCCUUUGGCAAAGGACGUUUCGGUUUUGUUGACCAGAGGGCCUUAGCCGAUCGACAAACCGAGGCCCUGGCCGCGGCCGUUUCCAAUGACAACGAGAAGUCCGACAGGCACUCUUGA